UCGUGCGCCAUGUUUUUCCACAAAUACGUCGUGUAGCCAAACGUCAACUUUCCGUUUACAAUAUUCCAAAAAUAUCGUAAAUAUACAUAAUUUCCAAAUAUUUAGUGAUUUCCCGAAUUUUUAAAUGUUAAGAUGAAUCGAAGUGAAGGGUUGGUGCAGCGAAGAAACAUUAUAAAGGAUAGCAAUAACGACGGCUCAGUAAAGGAAAACCACGACGUCGAUGAUAAGAAAAAUGAUAAAAAUUAUGAUGACGGGGAUUCAAAGGAAACUCGAUUGACUCUCAUGGAAGAAGUGCUACUGCUAGGGCUAAAGGAUAAGGAAGGUUACACAUCUUUUUGGAAUGAUUGCAUAUCCAGUGGCUUAAGAGGAUGUAUUCUUAUUGAACUGGGGCUGAGAGGCCGCGUAGAGCUAGAGAGAGCUGGUAUGCGGAGGAAAGGGCUGCUGUCUAGGAAAGUUAUUCUGAAAUCAGAUACGCCUACUGGUGAUGUGUUGUUAGAUGAAGCUUUGAAACAUAUAAAUAGUACUGACCCUCCAGAAACGGUGCAGAGCUGGAUAGAAUACCUAAGUGGUGAGACAUGGAAUCCUAUGAAACUGAAAUAUCAACUGAAGAAUGUGCGUGAAAGGCUUGCUAAAAAUCUUGUAGAAAAAGGAGUCCUGACCACUGAGAAACAGAACUUUUUAUUGUUUGAUAUGACCACACACCCCUUGACAGAUAAUGUUGUUAAAUGCCGCUUAGUUAAAAAGGUGCAGGAAGCGGCGCUACGGCGCUCGAUCACGGACGUGGCGCACGCGGACAAGCGGUCGCUAGCGCUGCUGAUGCUGGCGCACUCGGCCGAUGUUCUGGAGAAUGCCUUCGCGCCGCUGUCGGACGAGGACUACGAGCUGGCCACGCGGCGCGUGCGCGCUCUGCUCGACCUCGACUUCGAGGCGGAGGCCAUGCGACCCGACGCCUGCGAGAUUAUGUGGGCAGUCUUCGCCGCGUUCACUAAAUAGCGGUAACUCGUACUCCACUUUUCUCUGGCAACUAGGGAAAUUAAAAAACUAUCCACAUCGGGUUCAAAAUCUCACAUACGGAUGCAAAAUUAUAUGUUUCAGUGAAUGGUAAAAACAAACUUGAAUUGACUCUUAUGAGGAAAUCACAGUUUGUAGAUUUAUUGGUUAGGAUAUUUUACUUGAGUGUACAGAUAUUAAAUUUGAUGUUAUGUCAAAGUUUGCUAAUCGUUGUUUAUAAUUUAAACCAGUAUCCAGUCCAGUAUUACAUGCAUUCAAAUCAACUACUUAUUCCAAUAGAUUUUUUGAGAAAAUACUGUGUUCUAGAGAGAGCUCAAAACUAUUUACAAGGCCCAUUCCUUGUAAAAUAUUUUUUAAUUAUUAGUGUCUUAUCGUGGACAGUAUCAUUAUUGGCCUUCAUUAUAUGGAUACUGAAAUGAUUUUAUAAGGCACAAAUGUUAUUUUAAUUUUGAAUCAUUUUUCACUUAUAAAAUCUGAUAAAAUAGACGACAAUUGCAUGUGUAUUUAAGUAUAGAAGAAGAUUAAUAGACUGUCCCUUGUAACUAAACAAUAUCAAUUAUCACUGUUGCUUAUUUUCUGUAUUAUGUUUAUGUAGUCAUAUGAUUUAACAAAUUAACUGAUUUUUUUAUGUAUGUUGAUGUAUUAUUGGAUUAAUAAGUUCUAUAUUAUUGUGUAAAUUUUUAUUUAUUAUCCUAAAUCUAUCACUUGCAAUUACUUAUACUUACAUUUUAUAUUCAACUUAUCUGUCAGGAUUAAGUGUAUUUUAUUUAGAGUUUGAUAUGCCUAGCUAUAAAUUGUCAUAGUUAAUUUGUCUUUAAGGUAAAACUAUGGAUGGUGUUAAAUCUAUCACGUGAUAUGUACUAACAUAACGUGCGCCCUACGGCGCGAAUGUUGCAGGCGCAUUGCCCGUCGCCCGGCGUCGGGCACUGGUUUGAUAGUUGUCUAUGAAAUACCGUGUUUUAUUAUCUUAUAAUUAUUUUCAUGAUAGAGUACUUGAUCGUGUUAUUAUAUUUUACUUUGUUAAUAUUUUAGGUAAAUAUACGAUUAUAGGGGUGUAUCGUGAAUAAUACAGGGUGCUGCGUGCCGCCACGACGACAUGUCGCCGACAUUCCGCGGACGAACGGUCUGACGCCUACCAGACCUCAUAUUCCUGUAAAACGCUAGUUGUGCACCAUCCUGGAUAGUCAGUUUGUCGUUCAUUUUGAAAUUGAUAGUUUCAGAGCAUGUACUACUUACUAAAAUAUACAUACAUGCUGUGUUUAUUGUAUUACGGAAUACUUUUUAGAGUUUGUAAAAUGAAACGAAGCCACGACAUGCGAAUCAGAUAUAAAUCAUAUAAGUGAUGAAGAGUGUAAAAAAUAAGAAAUUAUGUAUCAUACACAUAGUAUUAAACUUACUCAAAAUAUAUUCCUUAGUAAAUUA